GCCCGCGCGCGUCACGUGAUGACGCCGGGCUCCGCGCGCGUCACGUGACGGCGCGGCGACAGCUGGAGCCGACCCGUCGCCACCAUGUCGGGCAAGGACCGCAUCGAGAUCUUCCCCUCGCGGAUGGCUCAGACCAUCAUGAAAGCUCGUUUGAAAGGGGCCCAAACAGGUCGUAACCUCUUGAAGAAAAAAUCUGAUGCUUUGACACUUCGAUUCAGGCAGAUCCUUAAGAAAAUUAUUGAGACAAAAAUGCUGAUGGGUGAGGUGAUGAGAGAAGCUGCCUUUUCACUUGCUGAGGCAAAGUUUACGGCAGGAGAUUUCAGUACCACCGUGAUCCAAAAUGUGAACAAAGCUCAAGUCAAGAUCAGGGCUAAAAAAGAUAAUGUAGCAGGUGUAACCUUGCCAGUUUUUGAGCAUUACCAGGAAGGAGGGGACAGCUAUGAGCUGACUGGCUUGGCCAGAGGUGGCGAACAGCUGGCUAAGCUGAAGAGGAACUACGCCAAAGCUGUGGAGCUGCUUGUGGAACUGGCGUCCUUACAGACAUCCUUUAUUACUUUGGAUGAAGCCAUUAAAAUAACAAACAGACGUGUGAAUGCAAUUGAACACGUGAUUAUUCCCAGAAUCGAGCGUACUCUUUCUUAUAUCAUCACAGAACUGGAUGAACGAGAACGAGAGGAAUUCUACAGGUUAAAGAAGAUCCAGGAAAAGAAAAAAGUAUUGAAAGAAAAAUCUGAGAAAGAACGGCAGCUACGGAGGGCUGCUGGUGGGGAACGUGAACCAGCCAAUCUCUUGGCAGAAGAGAAGGAUGAAGACCUUCUCUUCGAAUAAGCCAGCACAAUUGUUGGAUAUGCAACAGGGGACCCAGAGUACAGAAUGUCCAAUUGCAGUAUAAUUCAGGACGUGUUGCCUCAAUGAUACUUACGUGGCUUCUCAGUUGGUGUAUAAGUCUUGAGUUGAAUGGAUUGUGGAUUUCUACUGGGAGAUUAGAAAUCUGGAACUUGACUGCAGCAUAGGAAGAAAGGAGAGAGGCGUCAGGUGCUCUACUAUCAGGAGCACCUUCUAUUGCAUGUUCAGCCUGUUUCUUCACUUAGUAGGAAUGACUGUCCACGGCCCUGGUUUUUGCAGGAUGGCUCUGCAUUUGCCUAAUCAGAUUCCUUUUUAGUUGCUCCCCUUCCUAGAGCAAGCAGAGGAAAAAUGUUAUUGUGGGAGGGAGAUGCAUGUAAUGUUCUUUACUGCUGAACUAUUAAUGUUCAAGUUGCUUAAAGCAGGUAUUGACACAGCUGAAGUCAAAUGUCAGUAAAGGCAACUCUAGUUUUCUAACCUGUUGAUGAAAUCCACAGUCUUCUGUGAUUUAUUUUGGUUGCACGAUCAUUACCAUUGGCCUAAAACAUCUACGGUUUUAAUGAGACGUUCUGCCAACUUGUGUAUUGUCUGUGCUAGAAACAAGUAAAAAAUUUAAAUGUUAA